CUUUAAGAUGUUAGAAAUAAAGCUCGUAAUGAAGCAUAAUCUACCCGUUGGUGAUUCUUUCAUUUUUUACUAACCUGACUGUGAAUAUUGAACAUGUUACCCAAACUCACCAGCCAUCUGUUUUAAAGGCAUGUCAAUCGGUGCUUUAAAAAGACAAUACUUCAAAAUGGGACACAAGAAAAGUUUUUUCUUAUUCUUUCAGUUUCCAAAACAUUCAUCAUCAUGCAGUUCAACGAUGAGCGUGAACACACUUUAAGAGAAGUGGCAGCCUUAGGCAAUGUGAAAGCCACCAUUCACUUGGCCCAUUCCGGUGUUAACCUUAAUUCCCAAAACGCAAUGAAUGGAUGGACAGCUAUGCAUUGGGCAGCCCAUAGAGGACAUACAAAUGUGGUUACAGCCUUGUUACGAAGCGGUGCAGAUCCAUUGAUCAAAACCCAAAAGGGACAAACAGCCUUGGAUUUAGCUGCCAAUCACCCCGAAACAGCAGAGAUUUUACGCGCUGCUGUAGGUGAUGUAGAAGUGGUAGUUGGUCCCGAGCCUGCACUUCCUAUUGUACCAACCUACAUGCAAAAUCCCGAUUUAGAAAAGACUUGGUUAAUGCCUGAAGAAUUCUCUGAAAACAAACUCGAAAAUGCUGUCAGGAAGCAGGCUGCUGUUGAUUCUCUCAAUAACCCCGAAAAGACGGUUGCGACUCAAAAAGACAAUAUCACAUCGAACGAAGAAUUAGAAGUGCUGAUUUAUUUAUCAUCACGCGAAGAUGCCAAUUUACUUGGCUCAGUGUAUCUCAAAAAUGAAACCAUCGAAACAGCCAUUGAAAAUAUCAAAGAGGAGAUUGGCGGAUUACCAGAGAACUUUAGUAUCGCUCGCCACAAUGGCAAAGUCAAUAUUCCCAUUAAUCCCAAGCAAAUGAGCAAGCGAUUAUUAGAUAUCUUCAGAUCAGAAAACGAUGUUUUGGUAGUCGUUCCUUUGAAUUAAUGUGAGUAUUGCUUAUAUGACUGUGAUACAUCGAACUGACUUUAUACCUAGUGUAAAAAAAUAAUAUAGUAAUAAUAAAAUGUAAUAUAAACAAGUUUAGAGUUGGCACAUGUGGGUUACAUUUGUUUCGGUUUCAUUUAGCGGGAUGAUCGUUCAUUGUUACCUUUGUCUCGUUAUAUUUGAACGUAAACCUAUAUUAAAGAAGCUCGUUACUAAUACCCAUUCACUGCAAGAUUUUCGGUUCUAGGGAUUGAACAAAAGAAGCUACAUUUUUUCACUGCAAAAUAAUACCUGUUUUUUUAAAAAAAAUAAAUAAAAAUAGAAAUUAAAUCUGGGCCAUAUCCAAUAGGAGCUACUAUUUGAGAACUUUGUUUAU